GAAAUUUGCCACCUACUGUGUCUGCUUCUGAAAUUGAGGAGGAAUUCAAGAAUUUCGGUACACUCAGUGAUGAGGGCGUCGUCGUUAGAAGUCGAUGUUGGUGUUUGCUAUGCAUUUGUUGAAUUUGAAGAUAUGACUGGUGUUCAGAAUGCAAUCAAGGCGGGUUCUCUUCAGAUUGCUGGACGACAAGUAUACAUUGAAGAGCGGAGACCAAACAGGAACAUUCCAUCUCGGGGAGCAAGUUGAAAAGCUUGGAAAAGAUUGUCUAAUUAACUGUGCUAAGACAAGCAUGUCCUCAAAGUUGAUAUCUGUUGACAGUGACUUCUUUGCAAAUCUGGUAUCAACAUUUGUUGAUAUGGAAGGAGAGGAAUCAUUUGAUUCUUCACUGUUAGGAUAUGCAGAUGAAGUUGUUGAGGAGCGCAUUGCUGAUGAUGAUGUGAUAUUGAUAAAGGGGACUAAAACUACAAGUGCGGUUUCCUUGAUCCUCCGAGGGGCAAAUGACUAUAUGCUUGAUGACAUGGAGAGAUCUCUGCAUGAUUCUCUUUCUAUUGUUAAAAGGAUCCUUGAAUCCAAUAUGGAAGUAGUCAUAGAAGCUCUUAAAUUAUUCGAAGGAAAUGAAGAUCAGGCAACAGGGUUUCAUGUGUUUGGGGGUUGAAGUUAACAUUUAUUUUUAGACUUCAAUUUUUGUGGAAUAAUGUUUGGUUCAGUAAUUUAA